AUGCUCCUCCUCGGCCUCACCGGCAGCAUCGCAACCGGCAAAUCCACCGUCUCCCAAAUCCUCUCCUCCCCACCCUACAAUCUCCCCAUCGUCGACGCCGACAAAGUCGCCCGCCAGGUCGUCGAGCCCGGCACAGCAGGCUACCAAAAGAUCGUCGACCACUUCGGCCCCUCCACCCCCGACCUCCUCGUAGAAGCGACGCCCAACAAUGGCGGCGAGCACGGGCACAACGGCAAAGGCAGACCACUGAAUCGCCCCGCUCUCGGCCGUAGAGUGUUCGGCGAGGGCAAAGACAGCGAUCGCAAAGUGCUGAAUGGCAUUGUGCACCCUGCUGUGCGGAAGGAGAUGUACCGUCAGAUGCUGCUGGCGUACCUACGGGGAAACUGGGCGGUGGUGUUGGAUGUUCCGCUGCUGUUUGAGAGCGGGUGGGAGCCGAUGUGUGGGACGAUUAUGGUGGUCGCUGUCAGUGAGCCGGAGAUUCAGAUGAAGCGGUUGAGGGAGCGGGACGAACAUUUGACCGAGGAGGAUGCGAAGAAUCGCGUGGCGGCGCAGUGGGAUGUGCGGGACAAGGCGAAGAAGUGUCUUUCUCGGGGAGAGCGGGCGGGAGUCGUGGUGUGGAAUGAUGGGGACAAAGCAGCGCUGAAGAAGGAGAUUGAUCGUGUCAUGACGGUGGUGAGGAAGGGCAGUCCGCCGUGGUGGGGCUGGUUGCUGUUGUUGUGUCCGCCGCUUGCUGCGCUCACCGGCACUUGGAGUUAUGUGAGGAUGUGGUGGAUCAAGAGGCAGUGGGAGGGGAAUGAGAAGAAGCAAAAGGCCAAGUUGUGA